AUGCAACGAUCUCAGAAAAAGAGAUGUGCUCCUUCCUGGCUCAAACAGAAGCCUUAUCUUAAAAUAAGGUUUACGCAAGACGGUGGGACCACGAAAGUCACGGAGUCGUGGAGGAUCAAACUCAGACAAUAUAGUCAGGAGUUAAGUGGUUCUCUGGCAAAUUUCCCGUUUCGUGUUGGCCAAGCUGUCUGGUGCUACUGGAAAACCGCGAAUGAAAAGGAAAAGGCUUAUUUUGAAGCCCACGUUACUGAGGUGUGGGACAACACUGCAGAAGUGUCAGAGAUAUCAUCGACCGAGGUGGACGAAAUAAGUUCAGACGAAUUCGUCGAGAAUAACGACAUUGAAGGUGAGGGAGAAAUUUCGCACUUCCUAUGGGUUAGUUCGGCGCUCAAAAACGUACCGUAGUAAACUUACUUACGAAAUUUAAGUCUGAAAUACGUGCUCAGCCCCGUUCAAAAAGUGGGAACAAUUGUGCGGUCAGUACCCGAUUUUUCUGCCGUGUACGACCUUUCAGUGCUUAAACAGUAGAACUUCAAAAGAGAGGAUAAGGAAAUUAAGCAAACCAUGGUUUUACUGGGGAAGAAUCUGAAUCUUCGUAUAUGUAUAUUCUCUGUUUUUUCUCAGGCAAGAGCUGCUAACGACAAGCUAAUAAGGAAAAGGCAGAAGAAGAAAAAGCCAGAAAGGAAGAUAAUGAGCAACAGACCAAAGAGUUGCUGGAAAUCUCAGAUGAAAACAUGGUAUGGAAAUUUCUUAGCAUAAUGAAUACAUUGUAAGAUCUUACAACAGCUUAUAAAAGUUCGUUAUUAUUAUUAUUAUUAUUAUUACUUGAUCAGUUUGGACUAAUUCCUUCUACAUCUGCAGGAUAUGGUCUUUGACUUUAUGCAGCAAUUCGUGUCUCGCUUGGACCGCCUUGAAAGGAUGA